UAUUCUGUCAAUCUGCAAGUCAGAGGGGGGAGAGGUCAGCGCAGCUAGCAUAGCCAACUGCUCUCCACACACAACCAGGAAGUCAACAAAGUUGUAAAUUUAUUCCACUUUCGCUUUGUCUUUUCUGCGGUAACCUUGAAAAGGCGGCAUGAGUUCUGCUGCCUCUCUGACCAUCGGGGAGUUAUUCCUCGUCCUCAGUGAGAUGGGUUUCACACAGGAGCAGAUUGAGGCGGCUGUGCAGGCGGGGCAUUUUUCUGUGGCAGAGGCAGCCGAGUGGCUCUUACAGGGUCAGUACCCACGGCACAAGUUGGUCAAGCAGUCGUCACAGCCAGCUGAAACGGCUUUUUCUGCGUUCAACCCUCCCAAAGAGGCAGCAAGCACUUCAGAGUCACAUCCAUCGCCCGCCGGCAGCAGAGCAUGCCCUUCAUUGGUGCUGAGGCCGUCACAAUCAUGCGACCUGUCUUCAGAUCCACCUCCGGUCGAGUCGCGGAUCAAGCAAGACAAGAGUGACUUUGAAGAGAAAGAAAGACAACGUGUUGCUCAGGAAGCCAGAGCAGAGAGAAGACAAAAGAAACAGGAGCGCGAGUUGGUGUUGAAGCGGAUAGCUGAGGAUCGGAGGAGCUUACAGGAGAAGAAUCAGACCAGUGCUGCUGCUGAGACGUCUCCUCCCAGCGGUGAAGGGCAGAAGCUUGGAGGGAAGGUUCAGACAAAUGUGGACAACAACUGCAUCCUCAUGAUUCGGCUUCCGUCCGGUGAGUCCAUGCGUGAACGCUUCUCAGCCGACGCCCCUCUACGCAGCGUCGUGGAGCACAUCACCGGACGCCACCCCUCCCUGCCCUCCUUUUCGCUCCUUCAGGGUUUCCCACGGAAGCGCUUCGGGGAGGCGGAGCUCGCCUGUUCUCUGCGCUCUCUCGGCCUCACGCCUAACGCUGCACUGUGCAUUCAGACCACUCCUCCAGAGACUCCUCAGGAUCCACCAAGUCCUGCAGAUCCACCGUCAGCGGGCCACAAUGAGCCAUCUCCAUGUGCUGUGCCUCCUCAGCCGCACAUCGUAGAACAGGAGGGGGCAGAAGGGCAGGACCCCGUUGUGCCGCCAAUGCUACCGAACCAGCUGUGGGAGGAGGCAGUGAAUUAUGCAGGGAUACCAGGGGCUCCUCCUGCACUGUCUGGACCUUCUCACUUUUGGGGACGAGGCCAGAGGUUGGUUCCCGGUAAUGCUGAGGACCCCGGCCUAGAGGUCGACCAGGAUCAAGAAGCAGAAGAAGAACCGCCUCACAUGCUAAACGGAAUGCCAAGGCUGCCUUUCUUCCCAGAGAACAGGGUUCGAGGAGGAUUUGAGCCCCGGCACCACUGGCCAGAGCAAGGCAACCGACUCCGAGAGGCCCCUGAAGAAGACGCACCAGACCCAGAGGACGCCGGAGGUCCCGUGGCGCCUGUAGCUGCAGGUCUGGCUGCAGUGGAGCGUCUUCAGAGAGCUGCCCAGCAGGAAGACCACCAUGCCCCCCAGGGACAACCUUCACCACCUAAAAGACCCUUCAGGACACCAAACGUGCCGUCCCUAUGUGCCUUGGCCACCCGCGCAACCGUCCACCUCAUGACUGCUCCCAGCAUGCAGUACAGCAGCAGUCUGGCAGGCCUGACCCCGGAGCUAGCAGAGCUUCUGCUCAACCACAUGUCCCGCGAGAGGCUGCUGCGUCCACGCACCCUGGAGCUCUUCUUCGGCUGCCCGCUGCAGAAGUUUGUCCUCAAUUGCUACCCUUAUUCCACCAACGAGCUCCUGCGGCAGCUGCGGGCUUUCAUAGCGCUGAAGCAUCUGAGUCUAGUCAACUCACCCCUCAUCACAGACUCCGGCCUGUCCAUCCUGUCCAGCCUGGUCAAACUUCAGUACCUCAACCUGGCCUCCUGUAGCAAACUGACCGACUCUUGUCUGCUGCAUAUCACAGGUUUGAAGAGCCUGUGUUUCCUGUCCCUGGACAAGACCAAAGUGACAGAUGCUGGGAUGGUGCUCUAUCUCCAGUCAGCUCCACCCUGCUUCUCUCAGCUCAGCUUGAACCAGACGGCAGUGACUGAAGCCACGCUGGCAGUGCUGCCUACCUGUGUGCCGCAGCUGCGAUUUCUCAGCAUCAAGCAGACUAAGGUAAAGGAUGUGACCGCUCUGGCAGGGAUGUCCAAUCUGCACACCCUCAACCUGGACGGGACAGGAGUGACCGAGGCGUCUCUGGAGCACCUCGCUUCCCACCCCGCCCUGACAUCGCUCAGUAUAGGAGGGAUCCCGGUAAUAGAUGGCAACCACGCCCUUCAGAUCGUCUCAGGUCUAAAGCUGACUCACCUCACCCUCCCUGGACGCCACUCUGUGACCGACAGCGGACUUUCAUUCCUCUCUAAGCUGUGUCUGCUGUCAGAGCUGGACCUGACUGACUACACACAGGUCACAGACCAGGGAGUCAAGCAGCUCUCCACCAUGACCAGCCUGAAGAAGCUGUCACUUAGCAACACUCAGGUGACAAACGCAGGGCUUCCCUCGCUGCAGGGCCUGCAGCAGCUACAGGAGCUGUGUUUGGACCGAACGGCCGUCACCAGCCCCGGAGUGGCCGGACUCAUCACCUGUCUGCCCAAUCUACAGGUGUUGGGGUUAGCCAGUACUCGGGUGGGAGACACAGUAGUAAGAAGAGGUCUGAUCCACUGCAAUCAGCUUGUUAAACUUAAUCUCAGCCGGACACGGAUCACAGACCACGGUCUGAAGUUCCUGAAACACAUGCAUCUUGCUCAGGUGAACCUGGAUGGCACAGGUGUGAGUCUGAUUGGAAUAGCCAGUCUCCUGUCUUCUACCAAUAUCAGCAGCAUUCGGGCCAGUAACACUCGCACCAUUCCCAUUGAUGAGGUCUCCGACGAGGAGUGGGAGGCCCAGUGAGCCUCGAUACCUUCGGUCGGUCCACUUAUACUCUACCUGAGCACGGCUGUGAUUGCUGCUGCCGCCGCCCCCCUUUCAGCCCCUGAAUGAAACAUGCUGCCACCAGGACCCUCUGGGAAACAGCGUAACCGAAAACACUCCUCGUACUUGCACUGUUUCGACUGCAGCUAGUGCCACUAACCCGUCAAUCAUGCACGCUACGUUGAAACCUUAAACGGGAGCCUUGUGUAUAGAUAGAAUUACCGGUAAUCAAUAUUUAAUUGCACACACUUGCAGCCCUUCGUCUCUGGAAAACUCCACCUGACAAACUUUAUAGCUUUAAAGCUUCAUGUGCAGCCUUAUAGGUCGGAGUGACCUGCGUUUCUCCUGAUUGGCCCUUCUGGAGCCGACUGGCAGACUAAAUAUUGGAAAUAUAUAACACCGCAUGUACGUUCAGACUGCAACGACUAACAAACAUAUCUAGACAUUAAAUGAAAAUUUAAAAUUCUCAUUUCAACCAGAUGCGGUUGUAUUGGAUGUGAAGACAGAUGUCUUCCAGGAAUCAAUUUGCUACCUACAUUGAAUCUUGAGCUGUAUUCAUGUCCUGUUGGAUUUACAUGAAGAAUUAUUGCCAUCUUUGAGAGUAGCUCUUGUCUCCGUCUCACUGUGGCAGUAAAUGUCAAGCAGGGGCCCAACUUAUACUUGAUUUUUUUAAGCCGAUACCUAUAUUGAUAUUUAAGAGUUACAAAAAUAUCAGAAGUAUCAGCAGAUGUUCAUUUGUCAGACUAGGGCAAGUAAAAACAUCUAGUUAAACACCAUAAUACAAUCGGUUUUAAUGUUAGCUAAAAUGAUUGAUUAGCUGUAGAUUAAUUAAAAAAUUUUGGAUUGCUCACAUUAACAAUUUGACAUGAACAAAGCUAGUGAGUAGCUUUAGAAUGGUUUAUAUGGACUCAUGCCUGCAUGGAUUUGAGUUUUCACAAAAAAAAAUUUAAAAAACACUGAAAAAUUCUAGUUUUCCUUUGGACUGCAUCCUGGUGAUGCGCCGGCCUCAGUUGAUGUUUAAAUGGCUGCAAUGUUAUCCUUUUGUUGAGAAUUAUGCCAAGAAAUGUUUCAGAGCCCGGCUGUUUCCGCUACAAAAGCGAGCAGUGCACACCCACAGCGUAGUGUAGAGGCUGUAGUGCAAUGUAGGAUCUAUGCAGCCAUCAGGGCUCACCACACACAACCCAAAGCAACUUCUUUAAUCACUUUGAAGUUUUUCCUUCUUGUUUACAGAGAUGUAAGAGUUUAUUUUCCCUAAAGGCUUUUGAUUUUUGGAUACAAGCACUGUAUUCAGUACAAUUAACAAUAAAGUCUUCUCAAGCUAAA